AUGGGAGAAAUGUCUUAUUUUCUUGGAAUGGAGAUUCAUCAAGACCAGCAAGGAAUCUUCAUUUGUCAAAGAAAAUAUGCAAAUGAAAUCUUGAAUAAGUUUGGGAUGGAAAAUUGCAAGCCAGUCAACACUCCUUUGGCUCAAAAUGAGAAACUUAUUAAGGAAAAUGGAGCUAACAAAGCUGAUGGUUCUAUUUAUAGAAGCUUGGUUGGUUGCUUAUUGUAUUUGACAACAACAAGACCAGACAUCAUUGAACUUGGAAUUCGGUUCAAGAAGAAUGAAAGUUCAAGAUUGGUUGGAUUCACAGACAGUGAUUGGGCUGGCUCUCAUAAAGACAUGAAAAGCACUUCAGGCUAUAAACAAGGAACUGUGGCUCAAUCAAUAGCAGAAGCAGAGUAUAUAGCUGCUGCAGCUGCUGUUAAUCAAGCAAUUUGGCUAAGGGAAAAUUCUGAUGGAUUUGAGUCAAAAGCAAGAUGA